AAAAAAUCUGGGAAUAUUGGCUUCAGCCCCGUUGGUCACUCUGCAAUGUAUCCGUUGUUCGAAAAAUCAAACGAAUUCUGUGAUGCUGUGUACUAUUUGUGAGCGUAUGGUAACAGAGUUUGCUGUGAUAAAAGUAUCGUAGGUUUUCGAGUUUUGUCUUUAAAAAAAACAGUGAUAUUUGCAUCAUGGAGCUGUGGGAAAAAGUUAUCUUAGAAUGGAUCAAUUGCUUGAAAGUUCAGGAAGAAACAGUGAAAAGUAUAACAGAGCUACAAGAUGGAGCAUUUUACAUCAAUUUCCUCAAAUUAAUAAAAUGGAAAAAGCUUGAAAACUUUGACCAUGAAGAUAUCACAAGGUUUAUAGAAGAGGAAUAUCCUACUUUUAAGAUCAACAAAGAAGAUAAUGCAGAACAUAUAUACAUCGCAUCUUUGUUACUGCUGCAUAUGUGUCGAAUGCUCUUUAAAAUACAUGAUUCUAUGCAAUACAACAUGUGUGACAAAUUGAAGAACGAAACACAAAUUAGAGUUAAAGCUUUCCUUGAGAGUAUUCUGCCUAUUGGCAACGAAAUCACUAAAGAAACUAUGAGAGAAGUUAUUAUGGAAGUAGAGGAUACAUCAACAGUUGCAGAUAAUUUUAAAACACCACCCUCGGAAAACUUUUUCAAUUCUCCCGUAACACGUUCUGCACGUAGUCAAAGAAUUAUGACCGAACGAAUUCGGGAAUUGAGGGACUUGAGAAGUAACUUAGCAAUAGAACGAUUUACUAACACUGAUUUACGAGACGAUAUAACAAGGCAACAUAAUAAGAUAAAGAAGUUGGAGAAGAAGCUUGAGGAAAAAUCGGCAAAAAUAAAGGAGCUGCGAGAGGAACGACUUAAACCAAUCACUCCUAAGCCAUCCCAUACAAAAGAAGAGAACUCGCGAGAAGAUUACUACAAGAGAUAUAUUAAUGAUCUGGAAAAUCAAUUAACCAAACAGCAGGAUGAAAAUAACAAACUAGAGACAGAGAAAGAUGAUAUAUCAAAGGAACUGUGUUGCGUACGUAGGACAGCAAACCAUUAUAAAGAAAACUUUGCGAAUUGUGAACGUUCUUUAGAAUCUUUAUCAAAUACAAUUGAAUUAAAGGACAGAGAGUUAAUAGAACUUAGAAUGCACAAUGAAGAAUUACGCGCACAUAUUAAAGAACUGAAUGGAGCUGCUAAUCCAGAACAAAGUUUUGAGAUUGAAGAACUUUCAUUUUCUGUUGCUAAAUCGUUAAAUACUAGUGAACCUUUAAGCUCUGUAAUUGAUAUUCAGCUCCAGGAAGCCAAAGAAGAAUCUGCUAUAUUGCAUGCUCAAGUUGACUCUUUAAAAGGAAGAUUUGAUCUUCUAACGAAGGAUCACAGAUCUUUAUUGGAAUCUAACAGAAAUUUGCAGGAAAAAGUAAAGAUGCUGAAUCAGGUGCAGGCGGAAUUAAAUCAUGUCCAGAAAGAAUUGGAUGAAUCAAAUACAAUUGUUGCUAGUUUACAGAUAGAGAAAAACUCUCUCAUUACUCAAACUGAAGAUAUGAAAAGUUCACUUUUAUUUAAGGAGAAAAAACUGUCUGAAACAGAACAGUCGAAUAUUAAACUAAAUACAGAACUGGAUGGCUUAAAACUAGACAUUAAGAACUUGAAUGAAAUUCUUGAAAAUGAAAGAAUUAAUUCUUUAAAUUUAAACGCUAUUCUAGAACAAACAAAAUUACAGAUGACAGAAUAUCUUGCAUCCAUUCACAAACUUACUGAUGAAAGAGAUUCGUACAACUUUUCUAUUGAAAACUGUUGUAAAAAUUUAAGAAAUAUUUUACAUUGUGAUAAUCAAUUUAUACAAGUUAAAAUUGAUGAUUUAAAUAACGCAACCCUUAAUGAUCUUACAGAUUAUAUUGAUACAAUGUUACACAAUUGUAAUGCAAUGCACGUGUCAUAUAAAAAUGAUAUCGGGAAAUUAAACACAAUGAUAGAUGAAACAAAUACAAAUCUGCAUAAGCAACAACUGACUAUUACGUCUUUAGAAGAACAAAAUAAGCAGAAUCUUGUGCAGUUAGCUAACAUCGAGGAAGAGAAGAAGCGAAAAGAUUUAUUAUUGAAUGAACAAAAAGAAAUUAUCCAUACAUAUUCACAAGAGAUCGAAGUUCUGGAAAAGAUUCGAGAUGAGAAAUUCAUUUUAGAACAAAAUAUAUGUGAAUUGAGAAAUAAUUUAACGAAUCGAGAUUUAUUACUGAAACAUGUUAUGACACAGUUAGAAGAUCUACGGGACAUAGAUAAAAAUUUCAAAUUAAUAAAAGAAGAAAUUCAGCGAAAUAUUGAUGAAUAUAAAAAAAAUAUUGAACUAACAUUUAAAACAUUGCAACAAGGAUAUCACACAUUGCAUCACAAUUAUUACAAAGUACAACAAGAAAAAAAGGAAUUGGAAUAUAACUUCAACUGUAAUAAGGAAGAGUUAUCAAAAAUUCAAGCGAUAAAUACUACAUUGCAACAAAACUUAUUCGAAAACAAAGAAAAAAUAGAUGCUUUGGAAGAUUUAUUACAUCGAGAGAGGAGUGAUACAAUAACGCAGAUGGAAUUAAAAGAGGCACAGAUUAAUGAUUUAUUCUUCAAUAUUUCAGUCUUGAAAACAGAGAAAGAUGAUUUAAUACGUUCUCAUAAGGAAACGCUUGAAGCUAAAGAAAAAGAAUUGGUAAUGAAAGAAGAAGCAUUAUCGACGUUACAAGUGAAAAUAGAAAAGCUGGUGAACGAAGCAAACGCCAUGGAAAAGAACACGGAAUUAAAAGAGGCACAGAUUAACGAUUUAGUCUCCAAUGUUUCAGCCUUAAAAACAGAGAAGGAUGAUUUAAUGCGUUCUCAUAAGGAAACACUUGAAGCCAAAAACAAAGAAUUGGUAAUGAAAGAAGAGGCGUUAUUGACGUUACAAGUGAAAAUAGAAAAGCUGGUGAACGAAGCAAACGCCAUGGAAAAGAACAUGGAAUUAAAAGUGGCACAGAUUAACGAUUUAGUCUCCAAUGUUUCAGCCUUAAAAACAGAGAAGGAUGAUUUAAUGCGUUCUCAUAAGGAAACACUUGAAGCCAAAAACAAAGAAUUGGUAAUGAAAGAAGAGGCGUUAUUGACGUUACAAGUGAAAAUAGAAAAGCUGCUGAACGAAGCAAACGCCAUGGAAAAGAACAUGGAAUUAAAAGUGGCACAGAUUAACGAUUUAGUCUCUAGUGUUUCAGUCUUAAAAACAGAGAAGGAUGAUUUAAUGCGUUCUCAUAAGGAAACACUUGAAGCCAAAAACAAAGAAUUGGUAAUGAAAGAAGAGGCGUUAUUGACGUUACAAGUGAAAAUAGAAAAGCUGGUGAACGAAGCAAACGCCAUGGAAAAGAACACGGAAUUAAAAGUGGCACAGAUUAACGAUUUAGUGUCCAGUAUUUCCGCCUUAAAAACCGAGAAGGACGAUUUAAUACGUUCCCAUAAGGAAACGCUGGAAGCUAAAGAAAAAGAAUUGGUAAUGAAAGAAGGGGCAUUAUCGACGUUACAAGUGAAAAUAGAAAAACUGGUGAACGAAGCAAACGUCAUGGAAAAGAACACGGAAUUAAAAGAGGCACGGAUUAACGAUUUAGUCUCCAAUGUUUCAGCUUUAAAAACGGAGAAGGACGAAUUAAUGCGUUCCCAUAAGGAAACACUGGAAGCUAAAGAAAAAGAAUUGGUAAUGAAAGAAGAAGCAUUAUCGACGUUGCAAGUGAAAAUAGAAAUACUGACGAAUGAAGCAAACGUCAUGGAAAAGAACACAGAAUUAAAAGUGGCACAGAUUAAUGAUUUAGUCUCCAAUGUUUCAGCCUUAAAAACAGAGAAGGACGAUUUAAUGCGUUCCCACAAGGAAACGCUGGAAGCUAAAGAAAAAGAAUUGGUAAUGAAAGAAGAGGCAUUAUCGACGUUACAAGUGAAAAUAGAAAAGCUGCUGAACGAAGCAAACGCCAUGGAAAAGAAUACAGAAUUAAAAGUGGCACAGAUUAACGAUUUAGUGUCCAGUGUUUCAGCCUUAAAAACCGAGAAAGAUGAUUUAAUGCGUUCUCAUAAGGAAACACUUGAAGCCAAAGACAAAGAAUUGAUAAUGAAAGAAGAAGCAUUAUCGACGUUACAAGUGAAAAUAGAAAAGCUGAUAAACGAAGCCAAUGCUAUGGAAAAGAACACGGAAUUAAAAGUGGCACAGAUUAACGAUUUAGUCUCUAGUGUUUCAGCCUUAAAAACAGAGAAGGAUGAUUUAAUGCGUUCUCAUAAGGAAACACUUGAAGCCAAAGACAAAGAAUUGGUAAUGAAAGAAGAGGCAUUUUCGACGUUGCAAGUGAAAAUAGAAAAGCUGACGAAUGAAGCAAACGUCAUGGAAAAGAACAUGGAAUUAAAAGUGGCACAGAUUAACGAUUUAGUGUCCAGUGUUUCAGCCUUAAAAACCGAGAAGGAUGAUUUAAUGCGUUCUCAUAAGGAAACACUUGAAGCCAAAGACAAAGAAUUAGUAAUGAAAGAAGAAACAUUAUCGACGUUACAAGUGAAGAUAGAAAAGCUGAUGAAUGAAGCCAACGCCAUGGAAAAGAACACGGAAUUAAAAGUGGCGCAGAUUAACGAUUUAGUUUCCAGUGUUUCAGCUUUAAAAACCGAGAAAGACGAUUUAAUGCGUUCUCAUAAGGAAACACUUGAAGCUAAAGACAAAGAACUGAUAAUGAAAGAAGAGGCAUUAUCGACGUUGCAAGUGAAAAUAGAAAAGCUGACGACUGAAGCAAACGUCAUGGAAAAGAACAUGGAAUUAAAAGUGACACAGAUUAACGAUUUAGUCUUCAAUGUUUCUGCCUUAAAAACAGAGAAGGAUGAUUUAAUGCGUUCCCAUAAGGAAACGCUGGAAGCUAAAGAAAAAGAAUUGGUAAUGAAAGAAGAGGCAUUAUCGACGUUACAAGUGAAAAUGGAAAAACUGGCGAAUGAAGCAAACGUCAUGGAAAAGAAGAUGAAAGAAGUAAUUAUUAAUCUUCAAGAAGUAAGAUCUAGCCAAGAUGCUGUCUUAUCAACUCAAGAAGCAGCUUUGAAAGAAAAAUGUUUAUACAUAGAAGAACUUCAAGAACAGUUUGAUAACUCUAAGAAGAUCCUGAAUAAAGAACUUGAAGCCGCAAAAUCGUCAUUGCGCGAGAACCAAGUUAAAUUCUUUGAUUUAGAAAAUCAAUUUAACAACCAAAGCAGAACUAUAGGAGAAUUGCAAGAUAUGCUCAAAACGGUGAAAGCAGAGCUUGAAGCGAGUAAGGAAUAUUGCAAGCAAAUGGAUAUAAGCCAAGCAGAAAUUGUGAAACUGUGUCAAGAAUUGGAACAUCCGGCGAGAAAUUUGAAUUCUACGAUAACGGACACAUGUUCAGAUUUUGAUAUAAACGAUAUUUCGCAGUAUGAGUGUAUUAAUAUAGAAAAUAAGUAUAAGCGCAUUAAUACAGACAAUAAUGCAAAUAUCUUGAAUAUUAUUAAGAUGACUCUUGAUGAAUUAUACAAAUCUCAGAAAAUUAUCUCACAUUUAUCUUGUGUAAAUGCUGAAUUGAAUAAAACUUUGGAAAAACAAGAAGCACUUAUAGAAAAUGGUGUAAAAGACAAAGAGGAGAUCUGUGGUCUGAAGAAUAAGGUACGAGAAUUAGAAAUAAUAGCACAAAAACGGAAUAAUUAUUUGAAGAGCCUGAUAAAGAAUAAAGAAUCUUUAAAGGAUUCUUUGCAAAAAGUUAUUGCGACACGGAACGAUCUAGGUACUAUUUUAAUAUCGUACAAGCAAAAGUGGAAUGAAAUACUGACGAAAUUUCAAGAUAUUUUUCAUACUGACAGCUCCGUUUGCGAUGAAUUUAAACAGUUGCAAAUUAAAAAGACGGAUCUUGAAAAUAUGUUGUUGAAAUGUCAAAUUGAUUAUUCAGAAAACAUCAAAUCUAUAUCUGAUAUUUUAUGGGAGAAGUUUUUGUGGACGGAACAAAAGUUACACGAUACCUAUCUAUGUUCGAUACAUGAAAAAGAAUGUUUGGACAUUCUAACAAAUGUGGAAGAUAUAUUUUGUAAUGAGAACGUGAUAAUUGAUAACGAGUUAGAAAAAUUUAAAGCACUGCAAACUGAUUUAAUGAAGUCUGACGAAGAAAUAGAAUCUUUUACCGCUUUAGCCACUUUUUAUAAGAAUAGUUUAAAAUCUGGCCAAAUCAAGAGUCAAGUAGAGGUAGAGAAAAACCUGCAAAAUCAAAUUAAUCAGUUGACGAAGGAAAGAAAAGAUCUAAAAACUAAGAUGGACACUAUGCGUUUGAGGAAUGUGAAAUUAGAGAAAAAUAUCGAUGAUCUUCGAACAGAGAUAAAGAAAUUAAAGUCGAUAACACCAGUGGAAGCUAACUUGGUCUCUGAAGGGGCUGAAGUGCAAUCUUUGAAAGAAGAGUUGGAGCGUUUAAAAGAGCAGAACCAACAACUGCAUAAAGAAAAAGAUGAGUCAAGCAAGAUGGAAAAACAAAAAUUGGAAAACCAGUUAAAAGAAAUUCAUGUUACAUAUGAACAAAAACUAGAAGAUAUGAAACAACAAAUGAAAGCAGCCUAUAAUGAACAAAUAAUGAAGCUAAACAAAGAUCAAGAAAAAAUUUUGCAAGAUAAGUUGCAAAAUCAAAUGGAAAUGAUGUGUCAGAGGCAGAGAGAAGAACUUGAUAGAUACAAAACACACAUUAGUGGAUUAAGUGCGCAACUUUGGAGUGUGGGAGAAAAACUUCUAAGUGAGCAACAACAAAAGCAAGACGCAUUACAAUGUUUAAAAGAAUUACAAAAUAGAUUCAAAGAAUUCCAAGCGGAUCAACCAAUAGCCACAAUUUCGCGUAAGACUUGCAGAAUGGAGAAGCAAGAAAUGUUACCUGAAAAUGCACAACAAGCACAUAAAGUAACAACGCUUAUAACUGAAGAAACACUCGAAAGGAGACAAAGUAUUAGAAGCAUGCAAACAAUAGGCAAUGUAUUCAGAACAGAGGACGAGGAAGAAAUCUUUGACAAUGUUUAUUUAGCCGAUAUGAAAAAAGGUAAUUUCAAAACUAUCACAGAUGUCAACCGUUUGUCCGUUUUACAAAUGAGGAACUCUCUUUGCAAGCCUCAUCUGAAAUCAUCUUAUCCAGCAGAAAUGCAAUUCUUGCCUCCAACGUUAACUGAGGAAGAGAUUAAAUCGGGCUCCCCAGAAGAUAACUUCAACGAUAGCCUUAGUCAGAGUCUUCUACCAGAGCAGAAAGCCAAGAAAAAAGAUAGAUCUCAGAUAUCGUAUAAAAAGCCUGGUCCUCCAACACCAAGCAAAAAUGGAGGAAGAUUAUCAUUGCAGGGUAAUGAAUUAAAAAGCCCAAAUUCACGCGUAUUGAGAGAACGAAAUGUGGAUAGAAGGACAACAACUACUCCUCAUUCGCUGAAAAAUAUAUUCUCACUGAAACGGCAAGACGAAAAUGCAACUAGCACACCAAAACGCAGACUCAGUAGUCUUUUUCGCAAAUCUCGCUUACAAUCGGAUCGAUGAUUGAAUAAAUAUGGCCAUACAAUUAUAUAUAAAAAAAUAACAAUAUAUUAGCAUAACAGCAAAACUAAGAGCUAAUUAAACUAUGGAUAUUAAUUUAUAUAAAUAUUGCAGAUAUGUGUCAAGUAGAAUAUAUAUAAAAUAAGAAUUUUAUAAUUUUAUAAUUAUAAUUUUUAACUUAUAAUUUUUGUAUGACUAUUCUUAUUUUUUAUUAUAUGAUUGGAUAUUAUUCUGCAUUGGAAGAUGAAGACUAUUGUAAC